AUGUGUCUCCGAUUACUGCAUGUUUUCAUGAUCGAUGCUCGCACGCAAGACAGCGCUUCUGGAUUUCGUGCUAAUCAUUUCCUGGCCUACAAACACAUCCGCCGCAGGUGUUUUCAUGGGUUCAGAGCAUUUGGCGUUGCCCCACUCAGCCCGAUGGCAGCGGAAUUGCCGCCCUACGUCCAGGCGGCACGGCGCCUCUGGGGGGUGCAGGUGGCUGCUCCGCCGCCCUACAUCCAGGUGGCGCGUCGCCUCUGGGCACAGCCAGCGAAGGCCGUGCGUCUUCCAGCUGUGCACCCGGUGCACCCUGUCUACGUGAAGGUGCUGCCAUCCGCUAGUAUGGCCUGCGCUCAGGUGCCAUCGGCUGCAGCAGGCAACUCCAUCCCUGGCUUCGAAGGUUUAGGACUUUGA